UCGUUGAUAAAUAUUUGUGUGUAUAAAGUGCGAAAUAUUUUUAUGAUAAUGAAAUUUUUUUUUAAUAAAAAAAAAUAUCAAGAAAAAUUAAUUUACAACAAAAAUUACAAUAUUUCUCACAAAUUUUCCAUUUUUGUGCAUUAAAUAAAAAAAAAUAAAAUAAAAAAUAAAAAAAAAGAAAUAAAUAAAUAAAAAAUCCUUGAUGUAUAAAAUAUCGAAUUUGAAAGGAAGGUUGUGAACUACUUAUAUUAUAUCACAAUUAAUCUAAAGUGUGUGUGUGUGUGUGAUCGAAAUGGAGAUGCAGAAAGUUAAUUCAGAUGAUAAAUACAUCUAUAUGUUAAAAAGUGUAACAAAAAAAAUGGAUGAGGUGAAAAAAAAGGAUAUUUCCAAUCCAAAAACACAGCAAAAUGGAACUGGACCUCAAACAAAAAAAAUGAGAUCAAACACAAAAUUGUACAUUGUUCUUGGAUUAGGAGUCAUUUUAAUUAUUGUUGGAAUUACGGUUGGAGUUUUAUGGGGAACCAUAGUUGAUUAUAUUUAUAAAAAUGAAUUGACAUUAACGCCAACAUCAAAAUCUUUCGAAAUGUGGAAUGAAAAUCCAAUACCAGUGUUUUUAUCAUUUUAUAUGUUUAAUUUAAGCAAUGCAGUUGAAUUUCUACAAGGUAGAAAGCCUAAAUUCACUGAACACGGACCUUAUGUAUUUAGUGAGAAAUUUAACAAAACGGAUAAAGUUUGGAAUGACAAUGGUACUGUGACUUUUCAUAGACGUAGAUAUUGGACAUUUGUACCUGAAUUAUCAAAAAAAGGAGUUUCAUUAUCUGAUGAAAUUACAAAUUUAAAUCCAAUUGUUGUGACUCUUGGUAAUAUUGUGAGAUUUCAAAAACCUCUAUUACGAAAAUUUGCUAGUUUUCUUAUGAAAGCCGUUAAGGAAAAUGUUGUAAUAACAAAAAGUGUUUCACAACUUAUAUUUGAUGGAUAUGAAGACAAAUUAUUGGAGAUUGCUCGUAAACUCAAUAUCACAACUCUUCCAUAUGAUAAAUUUGGAUGGUUCUAUGGUCGUAAUGAAUCGGACACGUACGAAGGAACGUAUAACAUUAAAACAGGAAAAAAUUCAAUUUCUGAAAUAGGCGAACUUGUAGAAUGGAAUUAUACUAAUAAAACAAUAUACAAUAAUGGAAAAUGUAGUAAAAUAAAAGGCACAGUUGGAGAUUUAUGGCAUCCUUUCACGGCUAAUGAAUCUUCAAGAUUAUCAGUUUUUUCAUCCGAUAUUUGCACAUCGAUUGAUUUAGUGUAUGGAAAUACGACAGAAUUAUUAGGAAUAUAUGGAACGAAAUUUAUCUCACAUGAGAAUAUUUUUGAUAAUGGAACGAACGAUCCAUCUCGUAAAUGUUAUUGUUCUAAUGUUGAAUGUCAACCUAGUGGAACUUUAAAUGUUUCUUUGUGUAAAUUCGGAGCUCCUGCCUUUAUAAGUUUACCACAUUUUUAUUUAGCAGAUCCAAGCUAUGGAGAAAAAAUCGAAGGAAUGAAUCCUAAUAAAGUGUUACAUGAAACGCAUGUUGUAUUGGAUCCGGUGAUGGGUGUGCCAAUGAAGGUUAAAGCUCAAUUACAAUUAAAUUUAUUAGUUCGACAAGACGACGAAAUAGAACCGUUUAAAAAAAUAAAUGACACGUUUGUGCCAAUGCUGUGGUUUAGCCAAACAGCAGAAUUAACUUCACAAUAUGCAACUCUAGUUAAAAUUAUCCACAUUCUUCCAUUAUUGGGACAUGCAACAUUUUAUGGAAUUGGAGCUAUUGGUGCUCUACUUGUGUUUAUUGCUGUUUUUGUAAGUCUGAGAGCAAAAUGGCGAGAGGAAGAAAAUCAAAAUUUGUUGUCAAAUGACAGAGACAACAAUAGUGUAAUAACAAAUGAUGGAUGACUGAUUAUUUCUCAUAAAUAAUAUAGAAAUCAA